AUGGCUACUCUCGCCAACCACACUGUCACUCUCUUACCUGGUGAUGGUAUCGGUGAGGAAAUCACCAAAUCUGUCCAGGAGAUCUUCAAAGCUGAAGCUGUUCCUAUCACUUGGGAAACCAUAAGUAUCUCAGGCUUGGACGAUGUCUCUUCCCACCAGGCUGUCAAAGAAGCUGUCGCCUCUCUUAAGAAAAAUAAAAUUGGCUUGAAAGGAAUCUGGUUCACUCCCAGCUCCAUUGCUGGUCAUGGUUCUCUUAAUGUCGCCUUAAGAAAGGAAUUGGACAUUUAUGCUUCCCUUUCCCACAUCAAAAACAUCCCAGGCAUCAAAACAAGAAUUGACGGUAUCGAUAUGGUGCUUAUCAGAGAAAACACUGAAGCUGAGUAUUCCGGUUUAGAGCAUCAAUCUGUUCCUGGUGUCGUUGAGAGUUUAAAAAUCGUCACCAAAUAUAAAAGUGAAAGAAUCGCCAAAUUUGCAUUUGACUACGCUAAGAAGCACAACAGAAAAAAAAUCACUGCCAUCCAUAAAGCCAACAUUAUGAAAUUGGCCGAUGGUCUCUUCAGACAAACUGUUAGGGACGUUGCUAACGACUAUGAAGGCAUUGAAGUCAGUGACAUGAUUGUCGACAACGCAUCAAUGCAAGCUGUCUCAAAACCACAACAAUUCGACGUCUUGGUCACUCCAAACUUGUACGGUUCCAUAUUAUCCAAUAUCGGUGCAGGUUUAGUUGGUGGUCCAGGCUUGAUUCCUGGUGCUAAUUUUGGCAGAGAGCAUGCUGUCUUUGAACCAGGCUGCAGACAUGUUGGUUUGAGUCUUAAGGGCAAACACAUUGCUAAUCCAACUGCCAUGAUUCUAUCUGCUACAAUGAUGCUAAAACACAUUGGUUUGGACGAACAUGCUGAUAGAAUCUCAAAAGCAACUUACAAAGUUAUUAGCGAUGGUAAAGUUAGAACCCACGAUAUAGGUGGUAAUUCCACAACCGAAGAAUUCACUGCUGAAAUCUUAAGAAAAUUGGAUUCUUAUUAA